AUGACCACACAGUUCAAGAUGGCGUCCAUGGACCUCCGUGUCGGCGGCAAGUACCGCAUCGGCAAGAAGAUUGGUAGUGGCUCGUUUGGUGACAUUUACCUCGGCGUCAACAUUGUCUCCGGCGAGGAGGUUGCCAUCAAGCUCGAGUCAGUCAAGGCCAAGCACCCCCAGCUCGAGUACGAGUCCAAGGUCUACAAGUCGCUCGCCGGCGGUGUCGGUGUCCCCUUUGUCCGCUGGUACGGUACCGAGUGCGACUACAACGCCAUGGUCCUUGACCUCCUUGGCCCCUCGCUCGAGGACCUGUUCAACUUCUGCAACCGCAAGUUCUCGCUCAAGACGGUCCUUCUCCUCGCCGACCAGUUGAUCUCGCGUGUCGAGUACAUCCACUCGCGCAACUUUAUCCACCGUGACAUCAAGCCCGACAACUUCCUCAUGGGCAUUGGCAAGCGUGGCAACCAGGUCAACGUCAUCGACUUUGGUCUCGCCAAGAAGUACCGCGACCCCAAGACGCACCUCCACAUCCCUUACCGUGAGAACAAGAACCUCACCGGUACCGCCCGUUACACCUCGAUCAACACCCACCUGGGUGUCGAGCAGUCGCGUCGUGACGACCUCGAGUCGCUCGGCUACGUGCUCAUGUACUUCCUCCGUGGCCAGCUCCCCUGGCAGGGUCUUAAGGCUGCUACCAAGAAGCAGAAGUACGACCGCAUCAUGGAGAAGAAGAUGACCACCCCCACCGACGCCCUCUGCCGCGGCUUCCCCAACGAGUUUGCCAUCUACCUCAACUACUGCCGUUCGCUCCGCUUCGACGACAAGCCCGACUACUCGUACCUCCGCAAGCUCUUCCGCGACCUCUUUGUCCGUGAGGGCUUCCAGUACGACUACGUCUUUGACUGGUCGGUCCAGCCCCCUCCCCCCAAGACCGCCGACGGUGCCGAGGCCGACCUCCAGCAGCACAACGCGCUCCUUGCCCAGAAGCGCCGCAUUGUUGCCGAGGGCCAGAUCCCCAUGGGCUCAGCCGCCGACCAGAGCAAGAUCGAGUCGCAACGCCAGCUCCGCUCGCAGACGCGCAACAAUGCUCGCGAGCAGGGUGGGUGGUAA